ACAAUUGACAAAUUAAUAGAAUCUUCUUAGAAGAUGAUUCCAUGGACUUUGUGCAACUCAUGUGAAGUCAACAACAAAAAUAAAACUUUUUGCCUGAUGAAUUAGUCUUUCCAACGUGUUACUAUAUGACAGGACUAAAUGCCAGAAAAAUUUUCUACGCACUUGCCUCCAGAAACAAAGAGAAAUGAAGGCAGCCAUGGGACUUCAAGGGCGAGCUUGGCAUCUUGCACUUAUCGGCCUGUUAGUAGCAACAGCUGUAGCAGUAUCAACUCCAAUUGCUAAGCCUGGGUGUCAAGAUAUGUGUGGGAACGUUAGUAUCCCAUAUCCAUUUGGCACAACAGAAGACUGUUAUUUCAGUGAAGAUUUUUUCAUAAAUUGCAGUUCGUCUGAUCCUCCACAAGCAUUCUUAACAAGAAGCAAUAUAGGGGUCACGAACAUAACUGUCGAAGGUAAAUUACUUAUUAUGCAAUUUAUAGCCCGUGAUUGCUACGAUAAGUCGGGUGCCCCAGUUGCCAAUAAUAAUCCUUACCUCCGACUAUCCAAAUUCAUUAUCUCUGACACUGAUAACAAGUUUGUUGCUAUGGGCUGUGAUACUAAUGCAACCAUUCAAGGUAUCCAAAGGGACAAGGGGUACACCAGCGGGUGCAUAAGCAAGUGUGACAGCAUUGACUAUGUAGCGAAUUAUACAUGUUCUGGCAUAGGCUGUUGCCAGACAUCCAUUGCUAAAGGUGUGAGCUAUUUUGACAUAUCAGUAGGCAGCUAUAAUAAUCACAUUGAUGUCUGGAAUUUCAAUCCCUGCAGCUAUGCCUUUGUUGUUGAAGAAAAUAAGUUUAAUUUUUCUUCGACAUAUCUUCUUGAUUUGCAAGAUGAAAUGAUGCCUGUGAUGCUUGAUUGGUCUAUCGGUAAUGAGACGUGUGAAACUGUUAAAACCAAAAUUUUGCGUUAUGCAUGCCAGGGAAAUAGCACAUGUUAUGAUGUGGACAAUGGUUCUGGAUAUCGUUGCAAGUGCUUGUACGGCUAUAAAGGAAAUCCAUAUCUACCUAAUGGUUGCCAAGACAUAGAUGAAUGUAAAGACCCUAAUCUUAAUAACUGUGUAAAGAUCUGUGAAAAUACAAAAGGAAAUUACACGUGCUUGUGCCCCAAGGGUUACCGUGGCGAUGGAAGAAAAGAUGGAACAGGUUGUGUUGCCACUCAAUCAGGAUCACUUGUAGUUGGGCUUACUGUUGGGAUUGGCGUAGGCAUUACAGUAUUGGUAGCAGGUAGCACUUGGUCGUACUGGACAUUCAAGAAGUUGAAGCUCAUCAAACUCAAAGAGAAGUUCUUUCGACAAAAUGGAGGUUUGAUGUUGCAGCAAGAACUCUCCCGGAGGGACUCUUCCACUGAAACAGCUAAAAUUUUUUCAGCUGAAGAGCUCGAGAAGGCCACCAACAAUUAUGAUGAAAGUAGGAUUCUUGGUCGAGGAGGUUAUGGCACAGUUUACAAAGGAACUCUAACAGAUGGGAGAAUUGUAGCAAUCAAGAAGUCCAAAGUUGUUGAUGAAAGCCAAAUUGGUCAAUUCAUUAAUGAAGUGGUUGUGCUUUCCCAAAUCAAUCACAGGAAUGUGGUAAAGCUUUUAGGUUGUUGCUUAGAGACAGAAGUUCCAUUACUAGUUUAUGAAUUCAUUACCAAUGGCACUCUCUUUGAGCAUAUCCACAACAAAAGCAAGGCAUCUUCCCUGACUUGGGAAACGCGGCUAAGAAUAGCUGCAGAAACUGCCGGAGUGCUAUCAUAUUUGCAUUCCUCAGCCUCCAUCCCAAUCAUUCAUAGGGAUGUCAAGUCUACCAACAUACUCUUAGAUGAUAGUUACACAUCAAAAGUAUCGGAUUUUGGAGCUUCAAGGUUGGUUCCUAUAGAUCAAGCCGGAUUAUCAACAGUGGUGCAAGGGACUCUUGGAUACUUGGAUCCUGAAUACUUGCAUACAAGUCAAUUGACUGAGAAAAGUGAUGUUUAUAGCUUUGGAGUAGUGCUUAUUGAGCUACUGACUGGACAAAAAGCAGUUUCCUUUGAAAGGUUAGAAGAGGAGAGAAAUCUUGCCAUGUAUUUCCUAUCUGCUUUGAAAGAAAAUCGCUUGGUACAGAUUGUUGAGAAAUGUAUAGUAGAUGAAGCAAAGACUGAGCAGCUUAAGGAAGUUGGUAAUCUUGCAAAGAGGUGCUUAAGAGUGAAAGGAGAAGAAAGGCCCACAAUGAAGGAAGUGGCAAUGGAACUAGAGGGACUGAGAAUAAUAGUAAAGCAUCCAUGGGUAAAUGAUGAGUCGAAUUUAGAAGAGACAGAGUAUUUGCUUGGUGAACUACCUGAGAGAGCUAGUUGUAGUGGCAGUACGAAUGCUACCAAUGAUAGCAUGAAAAAUCAUAUAAUAUUACAAGUUCGUGAUGGAAGAUGAUAGUUUAACGUCAGGAUUUUUUUAUCUCGUGUAAAUGUGGCUUCUAGAAAUUG